UCCACCUUCUUCCAAUGGUAUUCGCUUAGAUUCUACUUCAAGAACCCUAGGUCAAGCAACUCUCUUUGGCAGAGGAGUUGUAAUUUUGUUUUGUUGAUUUGCACUGCAUCUCGUGAUGUCGACGAAGAAAAUUAUAGCUAUAUGUCAGUCAGGUGGCGAGUUUCAAACUGAAAACGAUGGUUCUAUGUCCUACAGUGGUGGGGAGGCCUAUGCUGUUGAUCUUGAUACAGAGACGCAAGUAAUUGAUUUCAAGCAGGACUUGGCCGAGACAUUUGGAUAUAGUGUUGACAACAUGUUGAUCAAAUACUUCCUCCCUGGAAACAGAAAAACUCUUAUCAUGAUAUCAAAAGACAAAGACCUUAAGCGCAUGAUUAACUUUUUUUCCGAUGCUGAUCAAGUGGAUGUCUUCGUCAUGCCACAAGAAGGUAGUAGGGCAGCUCCAAAUGUCUCAAACACGCCUGCUAGUAGAUCGAGCAGGACAACGGUUUCUGAAGCAGUUGUACUUGCAUCUAGUCCUGUUGGAACAAGCCAUGUAGACAACCACCCUAAUAUAAACGAAACAAAUUCCUUUGAUAUGGUUAUAGUGAAUGCAAUGUCACCGUUGGCAUUUGCUCUUGGUUCAAAUUGGGAAAAGCAACAUAAAGCUGCUACACAGUGGGAGAACACAAUCACUGGUGUUGAGCAGAGAUUUUCUAGUUUUGCUGAGUUCCGUGAAGCUCUCCAUAAAUUCUCAAUUGCCCAUGGUUUUCGUUACAAGUAUAAGAAGAGUGAUAGUCACCGUGUUAGUGUCAAAUGUAAGUCAGAAGGUUGUCCGUGGCGCAUAUAUGUUUCAAGGUUACCCACUACCCACUUGAUACGCAUCAAGAAAAUGAAUCCAGAGCAUACAUGUAAUGGAGUUGCUGCAAAAGCUGGUUAUCGUGCAACAAAGGGAUGGGUAGGUAAUAUUAUAAAGGAGAAGUUAAGGGUUUCACCAAACUACAGGCCCAAGGAUAUCGUUGCUGACAUAAAACGAGAGUAUGGAGUUCAGUUGAAUUAUUCCCAGGCAUGGCGUGCAAAAGGAAUUGCCAAGGAGCAACUUCAAGGUUCAUACAAGGAAGCUUACUCUCAGUUACCUUUCUUCUGCGAGAAAAUAAUGGAAACUAAUCCAGGUAGUUUAGCUACAUUUGCUACAAAGGAGGAUUCAAGCUUCCAUCGUUUCUUUGUCUCAUUCCAUGCCUCUAUUUCCGGUUUUCAACAAGGCUGUCGUCCUUUGCUUUUUUUAGAUGACAUUCCUCUAGAUGCUAAGUACCAAGGGACCUUAUUAAUAGCCACCGCUGCAGAUGGAGAUGAUGGUGUUUUUCCAUUGGCUUUUGCGGUGGUUGAUGAUGAGACUGAUGAUGACAAUUGGUUUUGGUUCUUAUCCCAAUUGAAAGCUGCUGCCCCAAUAUCUCAGCCUAUAACCUUUGUUGCAAAUUUUAACACGGGACUAAAAGACUCCAUAGUCAAUGUUUUUGGCGGAGAGUGCUUUCAUGCUUAUUGUCUACGGUAUAUUGCUGAGAAACUCAACAAUGAUUUGAAGGGGAGGUUUUCACAUGAAGCCAGACGUCUCAUGGUUCAAGACCUCUAUGCUGCUGCCUAUGCACCAAAGCUUGAGUCUUUCGAACAGUGUGCUCAAGAUAUAAAAGCUAUUUCACCUGAAGCAUAUAAUUGGGUACUCAACAGUGAGCCACAACACUGGGCAAAUGUGUUCUUUGAUGGAACAAGAUAUAAUCAUAUGACAUCUAAUUUUGGACAGCUGUUCUAUAGCUGGGUAUCAGAUGCAGUUGAGCUGCCCAUAACUCACAUGAUUGAUGUAUUGAGAGGUAAGUUGAUGGAAUUGAUAUACACAAGGCGGGUUGAUUCUAACAGAUGGACUACAACGUUGACACCGUCUAUGGAGGAGAAGCUUAAAAGUGAGGCUUCAAAAGCUCAAUCAUUUCAAGUGUUGCCAUCACAAAGUAGCAUAUUUGAGGUUCAUGGUGAAUCUGUUGAGAUGGUUGACAUCAGUCAAUGGGAUUGUAGCUGCAAGGGCUGGCAACUUACUGGACUGCCAUGCUGCCAUGCCGUAGCUGUUUUUGAGUGCAUCGGUAGGAGCCCAUAUGAUUAUUGCUCCAGAUACUUCAUGGCUGAGAGCUACCGAAAAACAUAUGCAGAGUCAAUUUACCCAAUACCUGAUGUUGAGCGUUCAUUAGAUGGUGAGGACAUAGCAAUUAUUGUUACACCUCCUCCUGCUAAACGACCUCCAGGGAAGCCAGGCAGGCGAGCGAAGUUAAAGCAGGCUGGAUCCCUGGAGCUAAUUAGAAGGCAAAUGCAGUGUAGCAAAUGCAAAGGGUUGGGUCACAACAAAAAGACAUGCAAAGAGGGGGAAACGAUUGAAGCAUCAUCAACUCCCAAAGCCUUGCAAAUAUAGUUGGGAUGAAGGAACAUUCUUUUUAACCCUCGAUUGAAUGGUGCUUCUCAUUUCUGAGUUCAUGAGAAUUUUUUGCUUUCACAAUCAAAGCAGUAGUAGGUUUCUUGUGCAUAAGGAAGGGUAUGUAUGGCCAAAGCAAGCAAUAGCUGGUUAGUUGUUUUUUCUUCAAAAUUUCGGAAAUUAAUUUUGACCUUGUGUCUCCAUCCCUUACUCUA